AUGAUAUUUUGUAAUCUGUUAUAUCCAGCUCCUACACCAUCGACAGAUUGCAAAGGAAAGAACUGGCAGAAAGGACCAGGAACACUUUGCUUUCAAAUCAACCACGUGCCCAAAACAUGGGAAGGUAAAUGGUUCGCAUAUAUUGUUUGUGUUGCCACUCAGCAUUUGGUUCAAAUAUAUUUACCAGUUAAAAAGUCUCGGUGAAGUGAUAGGCAGGCCAUUAGCAAUGCAUGUUAAAUAUUUGGCUAAAAGAGUCAACUUCAAAGGCCACGUAAAGUCUGUAAUGUAAACAAACGCUUUCUUUACAUUUUGAACUCAGUGCUACAGGUGUAAAAUAUGAUUAGAUAUACAUUAUACUGAAUUUGAACACUCUUCUGUUAUGAAUAAGAUUAGAGAUUCAAUUCAAAAAGUUCGGAAGGUUCGAAAUAUUAAUAACAUUCCAGUGGUCGGGUCCCGACCAUUGGAAUGUAGGCCUGCGCAGAAAGUAUGCGCAGAACGGACUUUACAUGGUCUUUAAAUAAAACUGUUUAACUGGGACGAAAAUGUUUAAACUCACAAUUCAUUUCUGCAGUUAUAUAUAUAUCUGCUACAGGCGACGUCACUAACUGUACACUACCUAAGAUAAGGUUGACAAAUUAAUCAAUCAAAAAAUCUCUAUCCCUUAAAACUAUUAAAAUGUACUCUAAUGGUUUAACAAAUACACAAAGAUAAUAAACAAAACUUGCAUUCACGAUAGUUUUACAGCAGUACGUCCUUACAAAUCUUUACGAAAAAAUUCUAAAUCCCCAAGGCCCAUUUUAUACGUCGAAUUUCGGUCGCGUCGAAUGCAUUCAAACAAAAGAUUAUGAAGCUUAACGAGGUUUAUCAUCGCAUUAUCUAUUCUCUUUAUUGCAUUCGACGGGACCAAAAUUCGACAUAUAAAACUGGCCUAAGACGAAAAUACACGAAAUGCUUUCGGCAAUUUGCGAAUAGCCAAAAGGAUUUCUUAUUCGUCUUAUGAAAAUUCCUUUUCAGCACGUUCCGGGAAUGCAUCCAGCACAGUGCCUUAUUUGGAAGAAAAAAUAUCUAAUAGCAUCCAGCGAACGACGUCGUCCGUAGCAUCCAACCAGAACUGCAGAAUGCAUUGUUAUCUAAAUAUUUAACGCCUUAAAUUAAAAAAAUUCAUUAACAGCUUGAUUAUUUUAAUCACGGUGGAAAUUUAAGGUGGAAAUUUCCCCACGGUGGAAAUUUACAAACAAAAUAUCAAUAAUUAUUGCUGUGAUAUGACAACAAAUAAGGCUUAAUUAGUAACAUUAACUUUUUGAUCGCAAUCAACGAGAGAAUCUCCAGCGAUUACAUGCAAGAAAUCGCCACAGAAUUUAAGUAUCGAUGGCGCGUGUGGCGAUAAUAAUUCCUCAUUUUAUCUCAUAACUGUUAAAGACGGGAUGUAAAAAUCGUUUAUUUCACAUUUGAUACGUUUUACGAUCGAUCACGACAAUCAGCGCAUAAUGUUCAAGUACUGUUGGCGUAUUUCAUUUAGGACAAACACAAAGCGAUGAUAAACGAUACGAACAUUUUACCGAGAUGACUGGGACCCUCUGAGCACUCCGAGCCCCAGGUAUUUCGCCGGCCAUGCAUAACACCCUUAAGUUUACUUGUCAUCAUUGCAAUAUAUUAACAUUUAAACUGUGCAUGAACAGUGGCCAAAUAUAUGAUACCUUGUAUUUAAUUUUAGAUGCGCGCUCAACGUGUCUUGACCGAGGUGGCGAUUUGCUGUCAAUCACGACGGAGGAAGAAAGCAAAGCAAUAGCGGAAAAAAUUAAAUACGGGAUGGAUGAUUAUUUCUGGAUUUCUCUAAAUGAUCGUGAUUAUCGAGGCAUCCAUUAUUGGAGCAACAACGAGGCCUUUGGGUUGAUUAACUGGGGAUCAGGAGCGCCUGAACAUUACAAUGAACACUAUCCUGAGGAUACUAGUAUGAAAAUUAUUUUGUUUUCUGAACUCAUCUGGGGCCGGUUGUUCGAAAGCCGUUUAAUUUAAUUAACUUAAACGGCGUUUAGCUGUAAAUCGGUGUAUAAAUUCCUUUUCCGACAGUUAUAGUUAACCGGCUGAUAAAAUUGCGCGUUUUAUACAAAACUCAUUUAGUACCGCCUUUAACUAUCCAUGGAAUUACCUUUAAUUUAAGCGGAGAAAACCGGAUUUUCCUGAAAUUUUAUACUUCUACAUCAGCUGUUGCUAGGCAUUUAGAAACUUUUGAACCUUUAAAGGGCUGUGACUGUAAAAAUCUACCACUGACUUUGCAGCCAAAUAUAAACCUACCUUCCUUUUCGGCUUAGUUCCCCAAAUCUGGAGAAGUAUUGGGGUUUUUGCUCAUUUUUUCCCAGAGUUUUGUUUUCAGUCAUUAUUGCUUGUAUUAGGCGCCAUUUGGGAUGUCGAAAAUGACAAUUUUCAUACAGCUACUACAGAAUUGUCCUUUAAUCUAUUGAUUUCACCAUAAUAUAUUCUGAAAGACUGUGCCUUAGUUUACUUAUUGAUGGAAAAAAUAAUAAAAUAUUUAUUUUUUCCGGUUUACCUCAUCUUGAAUGAGCCCUAAUAAGUUCCGUAUUUUUGGGCAAACCUUUUGCUGAUGAUAGAAUCUCGUCUCUUUGGUUUUCGCCUCCCACGCGUUAAGAAUACAAUCAAUUAUAGUUUGACUACUGCUGGCGUGUUUCGCGUCGCGAGUAAAAAGUCGCGGUCCUAAAAUAGCUCCAAACGGUGUAUUUUAUUGAGUCGCGGGAUGAAUAAAGUGUGUAAAAAUCACAUUAUUAUUUAGUUAUUUAAUAGUUUUUUUCAAUAGUAUUAUUUAUUAUUCAAUAUUGACGUAUAUAUGCAAUGUAUAUUGUUUGUAUAAAGCCUUCCGCCGGGGAGGGGGUAUUACAGAAAGAGAAAGAUCCAGGAUUAACUCGCGUCUGGCAGCAGAUAACAAUUUUGAAACAUCAAGGCUAUACAUAUCAUAUCAUAUCAAGGAUCAUGAGUUAAAUCUAAUACUCCAGUAUUCUUCGAUGUCCUGUUAAAUGCAUCCUAUAAUGUCUGAAAACGAAGAAUGCAUUUUUUUAUUUCAAACGGAGAAUGCAUUUUUUAUUACACUUGGAGUCAACUCAAAUGUUUAUCCUGUUGUGAUACGACAGAACGGCUGGUGUUAUGUUGCGUACUUUCCGAAUUAAAACCACCCAGUAGUAUAGUAGGUGGUUUUCGACCCUUAUUUUUGAGGGUGAGGGAGGAAAGAAUGAGGGUGAGGUAAUUGAUAUUCAUAAAAAUGCGGGUGAGGUAGGGUGAGUGAGGGUGAGGUAAUUAAUAUUCAUACAAAUGAGGGCGAAGGAGGGCGAGUGAGGGUGAGGUAAUUUAUAUGCAUACAAAUGAGGGUGAGGUAAUUAAUAUUCAUACAAUUGAGGGUGAGUGAGGGUGAGUGAGGGUGAGGUAAUUAAUAUUCAUACAAAUGAGGGAGAGUGAGGGUGAGGUAAUUAAUAUUCAUACAAAUGAGGGUGAGUGAGGAUGAGGUAAUUAAUAUUCAUACAAGUGAGGGUGAGUGAGGGUGAGGUAAUUAAUAUGUGAGGAGGAGUGACGCGAAGUAAUGACGUCACGCGGGCAAGUUUAGGCAGGUAAUGACGUCAUGCUGGCAUGUUCGAGCGAUACUUGGUGAAUAGGCAUUUUUAGCAUCCCUCCACGUGUGUGAUACAAUAGAGGGAUUAAUGUUGGCUUGCUAUGAACUUUUAUACAAGUGUCUGGAUAAAAUCGACAAGCAUCUUGUAAUAAUCAUAGUUCUGCAUCAGUCAUGCAGUGUCUACAUGGUAAAACGGCAUCUUACAAUUUAUUGGAAGGAAUUUUUGCGAAUGCAGUCGCACAUAAAGUUCAAAGACUUUGUGUGGAAUCCUGUAAUGGUUGUCAAGUCGGUCAUCCUAGUCAAAGGCAACAUGACUGCUUCGUGAUAAACGAAAAGGAAGGAUGGCAAAUGUGUGGUUUACAAGCAAUCAAACGAGUGAAUGGUAAGUGCAUGGUUUGGAGUCAAUUCGCUGAGGCAAUGAGGGUACUGAAACUGGCGGCUCCAGUACCCUCAGUACUCCAGUAUCCAGAUUCUACGUUUGUCGAUUUAUUGAUGGAACUACUUCAGAACACUGAGAACCACGAACUACAAUGUAUACUGAACUAUUUGUUUCAUUGGAGAUUAGAAGACCCACUCGAGUCAGUAGCUGAAGCGCGCGUUUUUGUAUCUGCGAAGCAGGUAUUCUCGACAUUUUGGAUUUCGCUGUCUUAUUUUCUCUUUUUUAGAACGUUGUUUUCAAUUUGUGCAAAUACAACAUAUUUUUAUCAAUUCAUUUCGAUAUUUUAAGCCAUGUGUCAACAUAAACAUUAAUACAGCAAAACAUUCAUUGUGCAAUAUGUUCUACAGUCAAAACAUAGCAGGCAAUAUUGCCAAUGAACAAUAUCACAUAUCUCAAAGGGCACUAAUGUUGUCAGGAAUAUUGAAUUAAAUCGUGGUCCUGUUCAAAACAAAAGUCCAACUAGGUUGCCAGCAAAUGUAGUGUUGCAACAAAGGUUAAGACGCUUUCAGUUUAUAUUUGCACUUGUUGUGACCAAUUAUGGUACAAGCAUAGUGUCAUUCCAGUCACGACAAAUAAAGAAAAUAAUCCUGAUGUUCAAAAAAGAAUGUUAAAUAGAAAAAGCGUUAAUAAUGUGGAGUGGUUGUGUAAAACCUGUAAUAAGUAUUUAAAAGCAAAAAGUUGCCUCCUUGUGCUGCCGUAAAUGGGCGGCAAAUUUCCAGAAAAAACCUUCGUUUUUCGAUCUAAAUUAAUUAGAGUGUAGACUGCUUGCUCCAAAACUUGCAUUUCAAAAACUAAUGCAGGAUCCUAGAGGUAGACAACUGGAAAUCAAUGGAUACAUUGUUAAUGUUCCAGCAGAUGUUGUUAAUACUGUUAACAUGUUGCCCAGGUUUACAAAUGAGACCAGCACAAUUAAAGUUAACCUUAAGAGAAGACUGCAAUACAAAAGUACUGCUUUAUCACAAAACGUUAGACCAAAUAAAGUAGCAGAAGCUGCCAACUUUGGCUUGUAAAUAAUGGUAACCUUUAUAAAGAUGAAGGUAUAACUUUCAAUGAUACUUGGCUUGAAGAUAAUUCAAAUACUCAAAUGGUGUUUGAUGAUAGUGACAAUGAUCAAACUUCAGAUGGUUCAGAAAAUAUUGUGGACUGUAAUGCAGAAAGCUUGAAUUGUGAUACAGAAUGUAAAACCCAGCAAUCAUUUGCAUGUGAUGAUGAUGAACACAGGAGUGAAGACGAGGCAGAAAUACCUGCUGGAGUCACUGACACUGUGUUAACAUCUCCAGAUUUUGUUACUGAUAAUGAACGUCAGCAUAUUUUAAAUGUUGCACCUG